UUGAACCCAAGCGCGCGCGGCUUAGCUUCUGCUCCCGCUCCCGCUCCUCGCCGCCUAGCCAGCGCAGGGCCCUCCACCAUUCUCCCCGCGACCUGCUGCCCUGCGCCCGCAGCCAUGUGCCGGACCCUGUCCGCCUUCCCCACCACCUGCUUGGAGAGAGCCAAAGAGUUCAAGACACGUCUGGGGAUCUUUCUUCACAAAUCAGAGUUGGGAUCCGAUACCGGGAGUGUUGGCAAGUUCGAGUGGGGCAGUAAACACAGCAAAGAGAGCAGAAACUUCUCAGAAGAUGUGCUGGGAUGGAGAGAGUCAUUUGACUUGCUACUGAGCAGUAAAAAUGGAGUGGCUGCCUUCCAUGCUUUCCUGAAGACGGAGUUCAGUGAAGAGAACCUGGAGUUCUGGCUGGCCUGUGAGGAGUUCAAAAAGAUCCGCUCGGCUACCAAGCUAGCCUCCAGGGCUCACGGGAUCUUUGAGGAAUUCAUUCGCAGCGAAGCCCCGAAAGAGGUGAACAUAGAUCACGAGACCAGGGAGCUCACGAGGACGAACCUGCAGGCUGCCACAGCCACAUGCUUUGAUGUGGCUCAGGGGAAGACACGCACCCUGAUGGAGAAGGACUCUUACCCACGCUUUCUGAAGUCCCCGGCUUACCAGGACCUCGCUGCCCAAGCCACAACUGCCUCGGCCUCCGCAUCCAGCUGCAGCCUAGCUGAGCCCUUAUGCACCUGAGCCUCCCUGACAGUGAGGGAGCCAGCCGGGAGAAGAGGUGGAGUCACCCGUCCCUGAGGCUGCAGACCCUGGGUGGGAGGCAGGUUUUGUGAAGCAAGUUCAAGAGAGCUGUGAAGCACAAAGCCGCACCAGCAGCCUGUUUGGGAAGCCACACCCUUGUCUCCAGAUACUGUGGGACUAAAUCCUUGCAGGAGAGGGUACUCCACAUCCAAGACCUGUGGCUGAGGACUGAAGAGGAGGUUGUGUGGGGCUCUAGGGAAAAGAAGGGUGGUGCAAGAGUUACCAUUGGUUCUUGUUCUCACCGGGGCAAGGGGAUUUGUUCCAGGGUGGAGUGGGUAAAGGGAAACUUGGAAAUGAGAGGGGGAAAGGCACCCAGGUCAGCUGGUUUGCCUCUUGGUCAGUUGACUCUGAUGCCAUCCUGUUUUCCUAGUUCUGUCCUGGGCACAGAAGGGAGCAAGUGUGUGUAGCCGUCCCAUUCUGCCGUCACCUGCCUCUGGGCCACCCAAGAUCCCUUAGCUUGCACUUCAUGUGUGUCCAUCCCCUCAGUAUUGUCAAGGCCAGGAGCCAUAUGUGACUCUUGCCCAAGAUGAGCUUUUUAUACCUCAACCACUGACCAUUGAGCCCCUUUCCAAGGCGGCAGAGAACCCUGAAAAGGGGCUGUCUUGCUCUUGUGAAAUUAAUUUUGGUGCUCUUGGUGACUCUUAGAGGUAGGCUCUGACUGUGUUGGCAGCAGAGCCCACCCGUGAGGAGGGCUGCCCAGGGGCCUCUUGCUGGGAGGUGUCCUCUCUUAGCUGUGUGUGGUGAAGGUGGGGCCCCUGAGAAGGAAAGUGUGAGGCCUCCAGGCAGGUGGUCAGUCCAACUCCCGUGCCCAGCAGGCUGUGAUGGGCCUCAGUUUCAGCACACACCUGGGUUUUGGGAACUGGUGCUGGGGGAGCUGAGGACCGAAUGGCUAAUCGUGGGACCCUAAGGGCAUCUUCCUUCCCUUGACCCACAGCUCUCCCUGUGUCUUUCUCUGGAGAGAGCAGCAUGGAAGAGAAGAGGAACAGGAGAAACAAAUGUCCCUUGUUGCCAGCUCUGGGAAGGCCUGUUUAAAUUAAGCCGAUGUUUUUCUGUGGGCCCGAGACCGUGAUGCCCUUGGGCAGAGCUUGGAAGCAGAUGUGCAGGCUGGGGACAGGCUGCUUGGAAAGGCAGGAUUGGGGGUGGGCUGGGGAGGGGUCAACCUGCUUGUCACCUCAGGGCAUCACUGAACAAACAUCUCUGGUGGGGCUUCCUGCACAAGAACCCAGGCUGAGGAGAAUGAACCCUUCAGCCUCAGGAUAAGUCAUAUUGUUCUCUGCACUGUGAGCUCCUCCAGGAGGAAGUAUUUAAGUAUAAUGUGUCGUUGGUUUUGUGACUAUCGUUAUAGCAUAUUGUUACCGUUAUCGUUGUUGGUGUUGUAGCUGCUGUUAUUUAUUAUUGUAAGUUCAUUUUGCCUGUACUGGGGAAUCUUGGUAGGAGUUGGCAGCCCGACUGUCUCCCUCUCUCCACCAGACUCUACCUCUGAACGUGCUGGGAACCCCUUCGAGCCUGUCAAGAAUUCCUCACUGUUUAAUUAUUUAUUUAUUGUGGACAAAUGGAGCUGGUUUCCUGGAUAUGAAUGAUGUACCCAAUCCCCAUUUUCCUGUUUCAGCAUGUUAAUAUUCUUGUACAAUAAAAAACAGAACUAGAACAAUGAGACCUUGUUUCUGAGGGCUGUGUCAGGGGAAGAGGGGGAAGGGAAGUGCUGUGGAGAGUCUGUGAUGACUGACCUGGCCUCCAGAAAUUUCACAGGGCGGAUGGGUGCUAUGUGAACUUGAGCUUCACGAGUACAGGGACAAGCAAAAGACCAGUGUUGACCUGGCAACUGGCAAAACGGAAGAGAAGGGGAUGAGUUGUAAUGGUGGCUGCAGUGAUUGGUGACUUCCUUUAGCUGAUGACAACUCCUACACUAGGAUGGAACCGGACUCAGCCUGCUGUCAUUUCCGAGCCCAAAUUCUCUGUCCACCUGACCUGGGCUCAAGACAAACUCAACCCAAAACCAUUGCUGUCCAGUUGAUUCUGACUCAGAAACCUUAUAGGACAGAGUAGAACUGCCUCUUAGGGAUUCCAAGGCUGUAAUCUUUGUGGAAGCAGACUGCCACAUAUCUCUCCUGUAGAGCCUCUGAUGGGUUCAAACUGCCAACCUUUUGGUUAGCAGCCAAGUGCUUAACCACUGUACCACCAGGGCUCCUUGGAUUCUGAACAAGCCACCCUCAGGUUUAAGUGAGGGUCAGUUUUCUUUGGUCAAGUAGCCAUACACUAUCAGUUAGGUGGUAAUCUUUGUGGCAUUUUCAUGUCUUCCCAUUUUCAAUUUGAAUUCAUUUUCCUUAUAAUUCAUACAAAUGCAGAAGAAUUACUAUUUUCUGGUUUCACAGAUAUCUCUGAGAUGAGCUUCACAAAGCCACUCUGUAUAUGAAGCUGCUCCAUCCCGUGGACUAGGGACUAAGGGAGGUGGGCUGGUCUGAAGGAAUUUGGGGGUAGGUGCAAGAAUCAAAGCCUGCUCUUUUGUAAGUCACCUACUGUUCACCCUUCUUUCCUUUCGUAUCCUAUCAAUUUCUCAUUACCUCUAAUUUAAAAAAUUCUCUGUUCUCUAGUUUGAAGCAUUUGCUUAUACACAGAUCUGGAUCUUACAUUGAAUUUUAUUUCUCCCCUGUUGUUAGUCUGGGGAAAGUAACCAGCCUUCAGGCAGUCUAAGUAGAAGACUCCAUAUCUAAGGGAUGAGUCUGUGUGGGAUGCCAGAAGGGAUCUGAGGUUUAAGGACCUGUGAAGGAAGAGGGGCAUGAACACUGUGACAGACUCUGGUCUCCAUUAGCCUUACAAAGGCUCUGCAAAAAAACAACCAAACCCAUUGCUGUUGAGUCCAUUCUGACUCACAGCAACUCAUAGCCACCCUAUAGGACAGAGUAGAACUGCCCCAUAGAGUUUCCAAGGAGCACCUGGUGGAUUCAAACUGCUGACCUUUUGGUUAGCAGACAUAGCUCUUAACUACUACCCCACAAGGUGGGUACAAUUACUCUGUAAUACAUAUGGAUGAAGAACUCAAGUUGCGAGAGGCAACGGCAUGCCCAGGACUGAGCAGCAGAGCAGGGACUGUGUGUAGGACUGAGCAGCAGAGCAGGGCUCUGGCCCAGCUAUAUCAGGGCGAGGAGGCCAGUCUGCAAGAGAUGGGCCGAGCUGAGAGGGAGGGUACCCAGGGCAUCAUGGAGGUAUUGACGAGGGACAUCUGUGUAUUCUCCCUUUCUCACUACUCCCUCCCAUCUUUUUACCUUUUAACUUGUAUUUAUUGGGUACUGUGUGCUUGGCAGAAAUAUAAAAUCAGCAACCGUACCAUUUACUGAAAGUAGCCUAAUUUAAUGAGGAGGGGGGCCCCAAUUAUGUUUAGGCAAGCGAAAUAUUUCCUGAAGCCAUAUGGCUGCCGGUAGAAAAAGAUAGGUGGACGUGUAAGGCGGGGGUCCCUGGGUGGUACAAAUGGCUGAGGCGCUCAGCUGCUAACCAAAAGGUUGGGGUUUGAGUCCAACCAGAGUCACCUUGGAAGAAAGGCCUGGCGAUCCACUUCCAAAAAUUCAGCCAUUGAAAACCAGGGCUUGGAACUUGUUCAAACCCCUGCUAAGAAUUUGCACUUCUAACAAAUUCCCAGGCGGUGCUAACGUUGCUGGUUAGGGACCAAUUCUGAAAACCACUGGGAGAGCAAUGGUUCUCAAAACUUAGUAGACUUAAGAUCACCUGGGGAUCUUGUUAAAAUGAAGACUCAGAUUCAGUAUAUCUGGGGUGGAAAUGCAAAAUCUCAGCAGAGCUUUGAACCAGAACAAACCAAUUCAAAGCCCUGUUGAAAACCCUUUGGAGCACAGUUUUACUCUGACACACACGGGGUUGCUGUGAGUUGAUGUAGGCUAAAAGGCAACUAGUUAACCCCUAAGUGACAGAGAAAAAAAUAGGACUGAUGGACUCCCUGUGAUGGGCUGGUGCCUGCCGAGAGACCAUUCUCAAGGCUUGAUCUCAGCUACCCAUUCAACUAGCCUUCCCUUUCCAUACAGAGUGGUCUUGGCUUCAGUGAUGUGGCCUGAAGGUGGUCGGUAUAUGUCAGAGAUAAAGAACAGCUCUUCUCUAAACCAUACCUCUCCCAGGUGUUAGGCUUAAAAUAGUCCCAUACUAUCUAGUUUCUCAGAGGGGUUAAGUGAUUUACUGAUGAUCACACAGCUAUCAAGGGUCUCCAAUACCUUCCAUCUCACUGGCUCUAUCCUUGCCCCCUGAGCACUUUAGGCUUUGAUUUAGCAGGCAAAGUACUUUCUGAGCCGGCUCCCAGUGGCCUCUCUAGUAUGCGCAUGGCACUUCCUCUCCUGCCCCUUAAAAAGAAGCCUUCAGACAGAAGAAAAAAGAGAAUCAGGAAAAAAGGGAAGAAAUGGAACGUGGGGCUACUUGUCUCUUUUGCCAUGAGACCAGAACUGAAUGGUGCCUGGCUACCAUUACUGAAUGUUUUGAUCAAAGAUUUUACAGACAAACCCUGAUCAAAAGGGGGAAAAUGCAGAACAGAAUUUCAAAUUCCCAUGGAUCCAGACUUUCUGGAGUCAUUGAGGCUAGAUGAACCAUUGAAACUUUGGCCCUGAGAUAAUCUUUAAAACUUAAACCAGAAAUAUCCCCUAAAAUCUUCUUUAAACCAAAAAAAAUAGUUUAGCUUAAUUAAUAAAGAAUGUCUUCCUUGAGCACUAUGCUCUUUUAAAGUACUAUCCAUAUGGGAUCAAAUUGCCAAUGGCAACUGGAAAUGUUAGCUAGGAAGUUUAAGGGGCAGACAGUUUAUGUUACUGGGGAGGAACAAUGUAGAAAAGGAGGGUGAGAAGGGUUGCUUGACUUGAAUAAUGUAAUUAGUUAACUGAAUUGUACGUGUAGAAAUUGUUGAAUUGGUGUAUGUUCUACCAUGUAUAUUUCCAACAAUGACAAUAAAAUAAAAUAAAUUAUUUAAAAAAAACCAGCACAAUAAAAAAAAAACAAGCCUUUGGCAGUUCCCAAAUUUCCCUUACUGUUUCAAGCUUCCCCCACCUUUGUCCCUCUUCCCUGCUGUGUUCCCUACUCUCAUGCGUGCACCCACCACCUCCUCAAUUGGGCUAGGGAUGCAUGAAUGUUCCAAAAACUGCUCAAGGGCCUUUCUGGGAACCUUCCCUGGCUCUUUGGCUCUGAUAUGGUGGCUCUCCUUCAUGUUCUGCUCCUGCCUAUACCAACCUGUUGCUGUCGAGUCAACCCCAACUCAUGGCGACCCCAAGUGUUUCAGUGUAGAACUGCACUCCAUAGAGGUUUCAAUGGCUGAUUUUUCAGGAGCAGAUCUCCAGGAGUUUCUUCUGAGUGCCUCUGGGUAGACUUGAACCACCAACCUUUUGGUUAGCAGCUGAGUGCUUGGCUGCUGCCUAUACUUGUCUGCUAACCAAAAGAUUGGCCGUUCGAGUCCACCAGCCAUUCCUUGGAAACCCUAUGAGGCAGUUCUACUCUGCCCUGUAAGGUCACUAUGAGCUGGAAUUGACUCAACGGCAACAAGUUUGGUUUUUUCGGUUUAUGACCACCUAAGUAAGAGCACCUAGAGCCCUGCUUUCUGCCUCCCUUUACCAGACUGUAGACUCCUGAGAUUAGGCACCUCUUCUCUAAUUUUCUACCACCAGGGCCUAGCAGAUAACACAUGGUUAGAAAUGCCCUUGAGUUAUUGAUUACAUGCUUUAAAUCCGUCAGAAGAAAAAUUUAGAUUAGGAUUUCCAGCCUCCCACUAGACUACUCUCCCUGGAUGUCCCCAGGCUCUUCAAAUGUAACACAUUCAACAUCAAGGUCAACAUCUUCCCUCAGAUAUCCACUGCCUUCUGAUGCUCAGGCGCUGGCUUCCCAGUCCUCAGUCUUCUCAAUCUCCUCCCCCAUCAAUCUAAUCCCCAACAAACCCAGUCUCGGAAAUGGGCUGAGCCCAGCUUCUCCUCCCCAGACUUCCUGACAGGAGUCUCUUGUCCUCUCCAAUCUGGGCUAUAAUAACUGCGUCCCACCUUGUCUCCCCGCCCCAGCUUCUCCUCCCUCCAGCUCAUUCUCCACGCUGCUGCCAUCAUUCGUCCAUAAAGCACAACUCUGAGCGUGUCGAGCUGCAUCAAAACCCUUCAGUGAUUCACCUUCGACUGUAAAAUAAAGCCUAGAUCUUACCAUGCUAUGCCAGGUUCUUUCUGAUCUGACCCAUCUCCCUCUCCAGACUUAUCUCCUGCCCCCGCUGCCCUCACUCAUAGGUUCUCUCCUUCCCAUUUGUACCUCGGCACAUGUACAUGCUGUUCUCUCUGCCUGGAAUACAUUUUUCCUCUUUUUUUUUGUCGGCGGGAGAAGGGUAGGUAGUGGUGGUGAAGGAGUCCCUGGGAGGUGCAAAUGGCUAAUUGCUUGGCCGCUAAACAAAAGGUCGUCAGUUCAAACUUACUGAGAUGCCUUGGAAGAAAGGCCUGUUGAUCUGCUUUCAAAAGGUCACAGUUUUGAAAACCGUAUGGAGCACAACUCUACUUUGUAACGCGUGGGGUUGCCACGAAUCGGAAUCGACUUGAUGGCACUUGGUUUGAUUAGGGGUGGUAAGGUGAGGGAUGUCAACUUUCAAAAUAUCACCUCCUCAGUGAAGCCUUCCCAGACUUCCACCUUACAGAGUUAAUUGCUCCCACUCCUGUGAUUCGAAGACACCCUAAUCCUAACUUGAUUGUAGCCCUUACGGCAUGGCACUGUACCUCAUCUCUUCACAGCCCAUUUUCUCCCACUAGACUGAGCUCUUCAAGUCAGGGGCCAUACUACUCACCUUGAUGAAACACGGCAUAGCAAGGGGUUUACUUCCCUGGCUGUGGCGUCGGAAUGUUGGAGUUAGAAUCUUGGCUGCAUCGCUAACUUAUUGAAUGACUUUGGAAAGUUACCUAAGCCUCUCUAAGGCUGUUUCCUCAUCUGUAAAAUAGGAUAAACCUGCACCCCUGAUAGAGAUGACUGAAUGAAAUAAUACAUACAAUGUAAAGUGCUUGGAAUUGUGUUCCACACAAUCUUGAAGUCCCAUGAGUGUUAGCUAUGAUUAUUAUCUCUUCCCCAGUACUUAGCACAGUGCCUUGUACAUAGUAGGCAUUAGCCAAAAAAAAAAAAAAAAAAAAAUUAUUGACUCUGAAUAAAAUGGCAUAACCAAGGUUCAAACCCAGGGUUCCAAGUCCACUUUUCUUUCAAGCAUAGUAGAGCUGCUUCAAUACUGUAUUUCAUUUGAUGCUCAGAGCAUUCCGGAAGUUCAGAUGUGGAAAUGGAGGGCUGGAGCCAUUAAGUGAGCCCGGGACGAUGGGACUCACUCAAAUCCAGGUCAUCUAUUGCUGUUUCCAGAUCUGUUUUUUUUUCCUAUGACUGUGGAAGGCCCCUGGCUCAUUCCUGACCCUCUGCUGCCUCCCUGUGGCCAUAUAGGGCACUGCAAACUUUUUCUUUGGCAUCGCUUGACUUCCAAACACAUUCUGUUUGACUUAUUCUUUUGGAACCAUGCCCAAGUGAUAUAAUUUGUUUCAUCGAAGUUUUAUUCAUGCAUUUCAAUACAUAUGUGAAAAUUUAAUAGUAAUGAUCACUCUUAAUCUAGUCACUGAGACAGCCCAGUGGGUGUAGCAUUACACCAAAACUUCUUCAGUCAAUGGGGCCAAAAUUAACGCUGACUUUAAAAAUUGAAGCCCUUAAGAUAAAAAAGCAAAAGGUCUUCAAGGCCUAGUACGUGCUGAUUGUACUGUCACUGAAUCCUUUAAAUUGGUCAAGUUGUUCACGUUGCUUUCAGGAAGAAAAGAAAGAUUUGAAAUUGAAAUGACCAAGGACUGAUCCCAAGGCUAAGAGAUGUCAUGCAGGUAACACCCAGCUGUUGUCGGGCCUGUUCUGACUCCUGUCAGCCUCACGUGUGUCACAGUAGAACUGUGCCCCACGGGGUUUUCAGUGGCUGAUUCUCCGAAAUAGGUCACCGGGUCUUUCUUCCAAGGGGCUUCUGGGUGGACUCGACCCUUCAACCUGUCAUUUAGCGGCUGAUAAUGAAAUUUGACUCUCCAUUUAUUUAGAAAAGAUGUCCCUUUACCUACAAUGUUGGUGAUUUCCAAGUUUUGGUCACUACGCUACCUAGAGGAUAAUUCAAUUUAAACUUUAAGAAAAGCAAUAAUGUGUGAAUUAAUCUUUUAUUUGUAAUAGGUUCCAACUUAAGGCUCGUUCUGUGUUGGGGCAUGAAAUGGCCUGAGCUAAUUGCAUUUUACCAGUUCCAAGAAGCAGCUUCAUAGGCUGCGUAGUACAAUAAACUAGACAGUAGGCUUGGAAGUUAGACAACUGAAAUCAGGCCCACAUCUGCUACUUGUUAGCUGAGUGAUCUUUUAUUCAAUGUCUCUGAGCCUCGCUUUUUCCUGUAAAACAUGGACAGCAAUAGUACUGGCUUCAUCUGGGUUUUGUGAUGCCACAAUGAGAAAAUUCAGGAAAAAUAUUACAGUGCUCAAUCAGAGGAAGCGCUCAAUGAACAAUAGCUGUGUGUAUGUUCAUGAUAUUGAAGAGGCAAUGUUCAAUUGUUCAGGACGUUGAACAAUUCAGACAUUGUUCUAAGUGAUUCACUUAUAUUGAUUUCUGUUAUCGUCAUAACAAUCCUGUGAAGUGGCUGCUACUUUUAUCAUGCCCAUUUUAUAGAUGUAGACACCGGGGUUUAGAAAGGUUAAGUAAAUUGCCCAAAUACAGCUAGUGAGUGUGUAUCAGCUUGCUGUUGUUGCAUGACAAACCACCCGAAAAUCCAGCCACUUAAAACAGUAGGUAAUUCUGCUUAUCUGGGCCAGGAUCUGCUGAUUUCAUCUAGGCUUGUUCUUUUGUCUGUGGUCAACUGGUAGACUGGUGACAGUUGGCUGGUCUAGGAUGGCUUUAGUCAUGUAUCUAGAGGUUGGCUGGUUGUUGGCUGGGGCAAUGAUGGUAACUGGGCCAUGUGUGUCUCUCAUCAUCCAAUAGGCUAGCCCAGGCUUACUCCCAUGGUGGGGAUAGGAUUCCAGCAGAGAGUGAAAAACACACCUAGGCUUGGAGCUGACACUUUGUUAUUUCUGCCACAUUCCGUUGGACAAAAGAAGUCACGAGGCCAGCCCAGACUCAAGGGGAGGAGAAAUAGACCUUACCUCUUUUUUUUUAAAUAAUAUUUUAUUGUGUUUUUGGUGAAGGUUUACAGAGCAAUUUAGGUUCCCAUUCAACAAUUUCUACACAAAUUAAAUGUGACUUUUGUUCCAUUCUUCACAAUGUGUGAACAUUCUCAUUAUUUCCAUUCUGGUUUCCAUUAAUCUAGUUUCCCUGCCCCCUUAUAUUCUCAUCUUUGUUUUAAAGUAACUGUUGAUCGUUUAGUCUCAUACAGGUGAUUUUUAAAAGGAACACAGUACUUAGGGUGAUAUUCAUUAUUUUGUGAGCCAAUCUGUUAUUUAGCUACAAGGUGAUCUCAGAGGUUAGUUCUACUUCAAGUUUUGAAGAAUAUCUUAGGGUAAUAGCCUUAGAGAGCUCCUCCAGUCUCGACAAGUCCAGUAAUCCUGUUGCCCCCACCCCCCAGGAAUUUGAGGCUAUGUUGCACAUAUUUCUCCUAUUCUAUCAGGGUCCAUUGACUGUGGCCCUGAUGAGAAUGGUCAGUAGUGGUAGCUAGGCACCAUCUAGCUAAGGCCAUGAUUCGUGUAGGCUAUUUGUCCUGUAGACUAGUUUCUUCUUUGACAGGCCCUACCUCUUAAUAAAAGGAACUAUGAGUUUGCAUUGUAAAAAGCAUAGAUUCAAGGAGAGACGAAGAAAUGUGGCUAGUUUUUUUGGUCAUCUUUCUAUCCCGGUGGAAGAACCUGGAUUUGAACCUAGGCAGUCUGACUCCAGAGUCCUCGCUUUUAAACACUCUGGAGACAUAACGCACUGACAUCUGUUAGCAAGGGUCUUGUCAUUUACUGCCCUGUGUGAGUCAGAGUAGAGCUGUGCUCCAUAGGGUUUUCAGUGGCUGAAGUUUUGGAAACAGAUCACCAGGCCUUUCUUCCCAGAUACCUCCAGGUGAACUUGAACCUCCAAUAUGUUGGUUAGCAGCUGAGCAUUUUAACUGUUUGCACCACUCUGACUCACAUGUGAUCGCCACGAGUCAGAACUGAAUUCUCCACAACUGGUUUUAUUUCCUGCCGCUCAUUUGUUUAGUCCUUCAGCACUCUGCUUUUCAAUCACCGGGGUCGUGAGAGUUCCUGCUUUGGCAAUUUUUAAAUUCUUAUUUUUAGCCACACCUCUACUUUAUCAUCUGAUCACUUUAUUCUUAAUGGACUGCAGACUAGAUACGGUAAAUGAUUGCUGUCGUCCAAGGAAAGUGGGGGAAAUUCAGGCUUGAUGAGCCACAUGGUGAUGAAGUAGGUGAAAACAUCAGUGUGGUCUUUGGUUCAUUUUGGCCUGUUGUCUUCUGACCCGGACCAGGAAUAAGGGCCUCUGGUAGGUGCAGCUCAUUCCCAGGCUUAGAGCCAAUUCCUAUAGUCUUAGGGGACUUUUUGGGCAAAGGACACUAUGUAUCAAUUCUAUUAUCUUGGGUGUGGAAAGUAGAGAGUCAGAAGGAGAGAGAUGUUUCUGACCUUGGCCUGGCCUUGGUUUCCUCUCUCCAAGAUCCUGGCUUAGGAAUCCCACCCCUCCUAGGCCUGUUUUCUUCUGCUCUUGAGAUCCCUUCUUCAGAGUCUGGAGCUCUGAGCCCAGCCCAGUGACUGGGGUGUCUUUGUGGAUAGAUUAAUGGAUAGUUGUAGGCUCUGCUUAUCUCUUGGGCCUCUCCCUCCUUCAUCCUCCUGGUUCAAGAGGGUUUGGAGGUCCUCAUGGAUCCCGCCUCAUGCUGCCCCCCAGCUGACCCUCCUCUGUGUCCUGAGCCUUCUCCCUCCCCAGGCCCUACUCUUUUUGUGCUUGCUAUGCUGGCCACAGAGCACAUAGUUAUGAACUAAUAAAUCCCAUAUUUCCUGCAUGCAAGGGUCAGUUUUUACUGCCAUUGCCUUGGCUGUCAGUAAAUCCAGAAGUUUUCUACUUAAAUGCAACAGUUAUCUUCCUCCAUUACUUGUUGCAUCUCUUAUUCUUGUGGUAGUAGUUUGGGGUUUUAUUAUAUUUGUGCCUUUUAUUGUUGUUGUUGUUAGGUGCCCUUGAGUUGGUUCCAAGUCAGAGCGACCCUGUGCACAACAGAACGAAACACCACCCGGUCCUGAGCCAUCCUUACAAUCGUUGUUAUGCUUGAGCUCAUGGUUGCAGCCACUGUGUCAAUCCACCUCAUUGAGGGUCUUCCUCUUUCCCGCUGACCCUGUACUCAGCCAAGCACAGGGACUGAUGCCUCCUUACAACAUGUCCAAAGUAUGUAUGACGCAGUCUCGCCGUCCUUGCCUCUAAGGAGCAUUCUGGUUGCACUUCUUCUAAGACAGAUUUGUUCAUUCUUUUGGCAGUCCACGGUAUAUUCAAUUUUUCUUCGCCAUCACCACAAUUCAAAGGCAACAAUUCUUCUUCGGCCUUCCUUAUUCAUUGUCCAGCUUUCACAUGCAUGCGAUGCGAUUGAAAAUACCAUAGCUUGG